AUGUCACAUGAUCUACAUUGUGGCUCGUCAUCUCGAAGUCUUGCAACAAAUUCAAGAAAAUUAGCUCAAGAAUUACGUAAAAAAUACGGUGAUAUUUAUGAGAUUUAUUUAGGAUCAACUCGUACCAUUUGGUUGAAUCGGGCUGACAUGGUAGACGAAAUUAUGUUAUCAAAUAAUCGUUUAGCUGAAAAUUUUAAUUUAGAUGAAUUAGGUGUUUCUGAUAAAGGAAUUCUUGCUAAUAGAAAUCUUGAUGAUGUAAUGUAUCAUCGAAAAAUUUAUGCUAAAACUAUUUUGACUCCACAAUUUAAUAAAAGUAUUAUCCCUAUAACUCAAUCGUUAUUCAAAGAAUUGGAAUCACUUUGGAAAGAUUACGGAUGCCUUGAAGGAGAUAAAGAAAUUGAUAUUUUUUUAUGGAUGGAAAGAUUGGGUUUUGAAUGUAUGCUAAAAUUAUUCACCAAUUUCCGAACGUACGCUUUAAUCAAUUAUUAUAAUUUCUUAAAUCCUAAACAAAAAAUUACAAUCCCAGAGAAUCCUUUAUCACCAAUUGUUACAGAAGGAUUUUUAAAGAAUUUACACGACUAUUUUUCUAUUCUUCAUCAUUUCUUUUUCUCUGUUAAAUGUUUGUUGCGAGCUCCCGGAAAAAGAAAAAUCACUAAUAAUUAUUUAAGAGGAAAAGAUUUGUUGGAUUCUAAUAUUAUGAAUAUAAUAAAAUUGCGAAAAUCCCAAAUUGAAAAUUCUAGUAUAGAUGAAUUACGUAAAAACCAAGAUCUUUUAACACAACUUAUUACGAUGAACACCGAAAAGGAUAUUACCAAAGGGAUCACGGAUAAGUUUCAUAGCGAACCCAUGUCAGAUGUUAAUAUUAGACAAAAUUUGCUUGAAAUAAUGGCUAGUGGAAUUUCUGCGAGUUCAAGCUUCCUGUGUUACAUGAUCUACACCGUAGCUCAUCAUCCCAAAGUCUUGCAACAAAUUCAAGAAGAAUUAACAAAUGUAUUAGGAACCAAAGAAGAUUCAGAAAUUACCUUUGAAGAUUUGAAUAAACUAAAGUAUUGUAAGGCAGUUAUAUCAGAAGUCGGUCGUUUUCGCACAUCCGUAAAUACUCGAGUCUCUUUGAAACCAGUUGUCAUUGAUAAUUAUAAACUCCCUGCCAACCAACAAUUCAUUAUUAAUGUACCAGCUAUUCAUAUGGAUCCUAAAAAUUGGAAUAAUCCAGAAGAAUUUGAUCCUUCGAGAUUUUUAUCAAGCGACGGGGAUAGUAAAAAUACUUUAAUGAUGUUUGGUGUUGGUUCCAGAACUUGUAAGUAUUUAUUUCUACAUACCAAUAAGAUUAAAAUAGAUUUAAAACUCACUUUCAUAUGA